AUCUGGCAAAAACAUAUUUAAAUAUUUGACGGUAUUAAUUAAUUGGUAGGAAUUUCGUAUAAAAGAAACCUCAUAUUUCACAAAACACCAUCUGGUUCCAUUGGUUCUAAUAUUGUAUUUCUGUGUAACAAUUUAAUUACUAACAAAAAUUCCAACAUGAAUACAUUUGGCUUCAAUGUAGUAGUGGUCCUUGUCAUCUUCAGUUAUUGCGUAAGAACAGAAUAACUUAUGUUUGUUUUAUUAUUAUUAUUAUAAGCUAUGUGUAUCUAAUAUUCUAAUGUAUACACCAAACAAAUGUUGUGUAACUAGUUUAAUGUGUAGAUUGUUUAUUAUUUUUAUCUUAUUUUCCAACCAUUUUCUCAGUUAGAUAAUGUUUUGUUUAAAAGUUAUCAUAAAUAUAUUAACAUAACAUUUUAAAAAAAUUAUAUUAUAUCAUUUCGAUGAUUUUUUAGCCGUUACUUGAAAACAUACAUUAUGAUUAAUGCAAAUUUGAUAGUUAAUUUCGUUGUAUGGUGGUUGUUAUUUUUAUGUGGAGGAGACAGAUUUCAUUAGGUUAUUAGUAGAUUUUUGUGAGAUACUUUAACGACUAAAAGUUAUUUAUUUGUUACAAUAAGGUGCCAUUAUGAAUUAUGAAUCUUAUUAUGACACACACAAACUUAAAACUAUAAAACUCAACUAAUUAAAUUAAAAUUAUACAUUAUUUAUAAUAAUGUUUAUAAAAAAUGAAAAAAAAAUCGUAUGAUCAUUAUAUUUUAUUACCGAUGGUAGUUGAUUUUCAAAAAUCUACAUUAAAUGGCUGAUCAUAGAUCUUUUUUCUCAUUUUAAGUAAAGGCAAUAUUAAUAUUUAUUUAUUUAGAUUAAAUACUGUUGUUUAGGUAUAUAUUAUUAUCUGUGUUGACUAUUUUUCGUAUUUAUUUAUUUGCUGAAACCUGACCAUGGCUUUUAAAUUUUGAAGUACACUAGCUUUGAAAAUUUAAACUCUUACACCAUUCUUGAUAAAAACUUAAAACGUAGUUGUAGAUAUUGAUAAUGUUUAGAUGUAUGUAUCUAUAAUUUGUUUAAAACAACAAAUCACAAUUUUGACCAUUAAUUAUCUACUUAUUCUGAAGUAAAACAGUUUUUUAUUCUGGACAUUUUUAUGAAUAAUCUAUACAGAUUAAAUAAAAAACAGAAUCAAAGUUUAGUUAGUACCUAAACGUUAAAUUAAAUGUCUUGUCUGGAAGUUUUUUUAAAUUGUAUGUAUUUUAUGAACUAAUAUUAUAUUAUAUUAAUAUAGCAAUUAAUGCAUGGUCAAACACCAUUAGUACCUGAGACCUCUACUAAUGGAAGUUGCGUGAACAGUACCAACUGCACAACGAAUGGUACGACUCCCACGAAUGGUACGACUCCCACGAAUGGUACGACUCCCACUAAUGGUACGACUCCCACGAAUGGUACGACUCCCACGAAUGGUACGACUCCCACGAAUGGUACAGUUCAUCCUGGGCCUGCUAUACCAAUUACUCCACCAGUUGUUGGGAAUCCUCCAACGACCCUCCACUAAAACCAUAAAUUAAUAAUAUUUAUCUAUUGACACUGCAGUAUAUUGAAUCUAUGUUUCAAUAAUAUGCACUCGUAUAUUUUAUUAUGCACUCUUAUUAUGACCACACCGUUAAAAAUAAUAUAUGAUUUUUAUCUGAAGUUCACAACAAUAAUUAUUUUUUUAUAGUAUUUCUGUUUUAUAAUUAUGUAUUAUGAAAUAUGAUGCAAUUUUUCAAAAAUAUAAAUAUUAUAUCGAGUUAGCUGUACUUAUUAUUGAAUAUUUCCUGGAGUAAUAACAACUUUAAUGUCCUUAUUUUUC